AUGUUAGGCCAGGUUAUUGAUGCUCAAGAUGAGUGUGAAGAUGACCGAUCGAAUCUUCUAGACAUCGAGCGGCGUUUGGCAGAUUUUGCAAAAGUUUUAGUUGCGACACCCAGAGAUCACUUGGAACUCUACGUCAUUUCGGAAAUGGAGCGUCGUAUGAACCAAGAGCUCAGAGAGAAAAUUAUACAACGUCUGGUGGAUGAGGCACAAGGGCUGUCCUACGAGCAAAUCCUAGACCGUAUCAACCUCAGAAGUGAUGAUGCUAAAGAUUCCGUUCGCAAUGUCUGGGUUUGGACUAUCUGUUCAGCUGUCCCGCUCUCGUUGCUCCAGUUGCUCGAAGCAGUACCGGUAUUCACGAAUUUGUUUGACGAGAAGCUAGACAGAGAUGGUAUUCGUACACCGCUAAAAGCAACGUUCGGAAGGGGCUAA